UCCAUUUCCAUUCGAAGGAAUUAUUGGCAGGGUCUUUCUUAGAAUGCUUCUCCUGCCUUCUCAGCCACCUCACUCCGCCCCACCCAGAGAAUGCAUUUGGACCCAAAUGUAUUUUGUAACUGAUGUGUUCAAGCCAGAAUCUAAAUAAGGACCAUGCAUUAUAUUCCGUUGUUGUAUUUGUCUCCCUUCAUCUGGAGCAGCGCUUGUUUCUUUUACUGCCACCUUAGCUGGAUCUCCAAAAUACAAGUGAAUCAACCAGCAGUUCUGAGGCGUGCAGAGCAAAUCCAGGCUCGCAGAAUGGUGAAAAAGGAGUGGCAAGCUGCUUGGCUCCUGAAAGCUGUUACCUUUAUAGAUCUUACUACACUCUCAGGUGAUGACACAUCUUCCAACGUUCAAAGGCUUUGUUAUAAAGCCAAGUAUCCAAUCCGGGAAGAUCUCUUAAAAGCUUUAAAUGUGCAUGAUAAAGGCCUUACUACAGCCGCUGUUUGUGUUUAUCCCGCACGAGUGUGUGAUGCUGUGAAAGCACUGAAGGCAGCCGGCUCCACCAUCCCAGUGGCUUCGGUGGCCACUGGCUUUCCAGCUGGACAGACUCAUUUAAAAACACGAUUGGAAGAGAUCAGAUUGGCUGUGGAAGAUGGAGCUACGGAAAUUGAUGUGGUAAUUAACAGGACCUUGGUGCUGACAGGCCAGUGGGAAGCCCUGUAUGAUGAGAUUCGUCAGUUUCGCAAGGCCUGUGGGGAGGCUCAUCUCAAAACCAUCUUAGCAACAGGAGAACUUGGAUCUCUUACUAAUGUCUAUAAAGCCAGUAUGAUAGCAAUGAUGGCAGGAUCAGAUUUUAUUAAGACCUCUACUGGAAAAGAAACAGUAAAUGCCACUUUCCCAGUAGCUAUAGUAAUGCUACGGGCCAUUAGAGAUUUCUUCUGGAAAACUGGAAACAAGAUCGGCUUUAAACCAGCAGGAGGCAUCCGCAGUGCAAAGGAUUCCCUUGCCUGGCUCUCUCUCAUAAAAGAAGAGCUAGGAGACGAAUGGCUGACGCCAGAACUCUUUCGAAUAGGUGCCAGUACUCUGCUUUCUGACAUCGAGAGGCAGAUUUACCAUCAUGUGACUGGAAGAUAUGCAGCCUAUCACGAUCUUCCUAUGUCCUAAAUCAGACCGAUUCCAGAAAAGUUCUUUACAACGAUGUUUAAAAUGUGUUUUUCUACAUAACUGCUAAAAUUAUUUAGUUAAAAUAUGAGGGAACAAAUAGGUAACUGAUGGGUUUUUUUUUCCCUUGAAGCUUUCACUGAAUUUAAUUCAAAAAAUAAAAGGAAAAAACAACUAA